AUGCAUCGAUUUAAGAUCGAAGCAAACGAUCUGUGGAAGGAGAUUCAGCAGAAACAAUUACACCUCUCCAUUCGUCCACACAUACAAAGAAAGAAGCGGCAGGGCACCUACACCGUUGCAAGUGCAGCCGUAGUGCAAGGAACUAGUUGCCGUUGCGAUGAAAAAUGCCCACCUGGUCCCCCAGGACCUCCGGGACCAUCUGGUCUUCCAGGUUAUCCUGGAAUACCUGGUACUGAUGGAAAAAAUGGGAUCAACGGUGACCAAAUGUUGUUGGGAGCAGUGAAGACAUGCAUAAGGUGCCCGCCCGGACCGCCUGGAGAUUCCGGGGCCGAUGGCGCCUUAGGUGUGCCAGGCAAACCCGGUCAACCUGGAGCAGAUGGAAGGCCCGCUAGUGCUGGAGCAGUGGGCCAACGCGGACCAGCUGGUCCACCCGGAGCUGCAGGCCGACCAGGCGUACCUGGAAGUCCCGGCAAACCAGGAGCGAAUAAAAUUAGAAGAGUGAACCUGCCUGGACCGCGCGGACCGCCGGGACCAUCUGGAAACGUCGGACAGCCAGGUCCAGAUGCCCCAUACGUUCCGCCUCCAUCACCGGGACCACGUGGACCACCUGGAGCUCGAGGUUUGCCGGGAAAACGUGGCAGUGACGGAGCUGGCGGUUUUGCCGGACGUCCCGGAACCCCUGGUUUAGACGCAGGAUACUGUCCUUGCCCUCCGAGAAUCCUCCAAAAAGAAUUAGAAACCAAUGAAGAACACAGCUACAUAUAUCCUGAGCGUCAAGGAAACAAUCCGAUAGAUUCCAUAAAAGCAGGAAGCCAAAGCAAACCUCUAGUCGACUACAAUCAAUAUAUUAUGGGAUGCGGAGAUUCCAUAAAAGCAGGAAGCCAAAGCAAACCUCUUAUCGACUACAAUCAGUAUUUUAUGGGAUGCGGCAUGCAAAAAUGA